AUGAGGGAAAACAGCUUCUUCAUCGUGAAGCUGGCCUACGGCAAGGAGUCACUCCAGUGUAGAUGCCCGAUGGCUACGAUUCGCACUGUGGGAGAUCUGCAUAGACUGAUAGAGGAGGCCUGGCCUAGUCUGAGGACUGUUGAGUAUACGGCAACCCUACGUGGCGGUCGAGAGCUCAGCACCUGGCCUCGUGAUAGUCCCAUCUCGGCAUUGAUCUCGGAGGGCCUCGCUGAAUCGGUAUAUAUGUUCCCUCGAUUGAAGCUUCGCGUUAAGGCGUCCCAAAAGGGAUCCUCGGGGUCGAAGAAGGGGCCCCAGCCGAUGGACGGCCACAAGCCUGCAUCGAUGCACCUGCAAAGCUGUAGGGAAUGCGAGAUGUUCCCCAUAGUGGGGCGAAGCUUCAACUGCGCUACUUGUCCCCCGGGGGUCCUCUGUGCAUGGUGCUACGAUAAGCAUGAUAAGCAUCAUACGAUAACGCCGUUGGUGAUGGCAUGUGAUGGCGUAUGGGAAGGGAGUAUGUUCACACAGAAUGCCCGGGACAUGACGGAGAUCCUCAGAGAAAGGCAUCGUCCUUGGCCUGGUGACACCGUAGACAUUGACUACGUCCAAGUAGGGGAGAACCCCCUCCCUGCGAUGGUGGCCGAAGUGUUCUCAAAGUCGGAGGCCCAUCAUGAGGCCAUCACUUCGGGCUGCUUUGAUGAUGGGAAGACUAUCCUGUUCGAGUGUGAUGGUAGAGGUGAUAUCAACCUCUGUGAUAUGUGCUACAUCUUGUGGGGAGGCGAUGUCAUGAAGAUCGCAUACAAGUGCUCGAGAGUGUUGCUACCGGGGGCGUGGAACCCUGUAGGGCAGGGCCCGUGUCGGCUGGUCCAUUAUGGGGUUACGUGUGCUGAGUGCGGAGUGUCACCGAUACGCGGACGGAGGUACCAUUGCGAUUUCUGCACAGAAUAUGAUCUGUGCGAAGGCUGCUACAAAGAGGAGGCCAACAGAAAGCACAGGGAGACGCAUCUCUUCACUUUGGUGGUGAAGCCAGUAAAGGUGUGGACAGUCCAGAUGAGAGAGCCGAAGGGCACGCUCAUGAGCACCAUACCCUGCGAAAGGUGUGGCCAGCUGCCCGUUGGGGGCGCUACUUACAGCACGGUGGCAUUGCCGGACUCCCACUACUGCUUGCCUUGUUACCGUGAGGGCCUCCGUUUUGAGGCUCUCUGUGUUAUCAUCGAGAUGGCGAACGACUACGUCCUCAAAGUGAGCUAUGGCGGGGAAUCUCUUCGCGUUAAACUGAGAGUUGACAAGUUCACGACGAUGGGGCAGUUGAGGAAGCUGAUCGUAACAGCCUGGCCUUUCCUCGAAGAAGGUGUGUGGAAGGUUAUACUGCCAAACGGUGGUGUAUUGGGACAGAAGGGCAUUAAGACUCCAGUGGUCGCCUACUUGUCUGAGGACCACAAGGACCCAUCGGGGCAUGUACCUGAACUCAGGCUCAAGAUUGAGUCAUCGGAAAGCCCUAGUGUGUCGGCACCGUCCGUGGGACAGCAGGAAGGGGUGCAGGCUGUCGAUGGGCAUCCUUUGGCAGUGAACUAUUGGGAAACAUGCGAUGUGUGUGGGAUGUUCCCGAUCGUGGGGCAGUGGUAUAUCUGCUUUACUUGCCGUCAGAAGGACCUGUGCUUCGCGUGCCGCAAUGGACACGCUGGUGGUCAUAAGGUGAUCUCCUAUGCUCCCUCUGUUGAUGGUAUUUGGGAAAAUUAUGGUCUAUUCGAGAGUCUGCAUCGACAAGCUUUCAAGCUGAGGGCCCUGGGUGUUCCAACAGUGCAGCCGAAGUUCGAGUAG